UCAGUUCUGUAAUUUCUCUCUUCCAAGAUUAAUAAAGUAGAAAGAAAAUGGCUAGUUUCUAUAAAAUAAUCUGAUGGUUAUGUUCUAGUGAUGUGUCCUUCCAGGCAAGUGCUAUCUUAUCCACGAUCAUCAGUAAGUGCUUUGUAAACCUGAUCAAAGGUUAGGAAAACAAACUAACCUGUCUUCCUUAACCAUUUUAGUAUGAAAACCUCUCAAAGUGGAUUUAACUCUGCAAUGUAAACAUUGCAGUUUCUAAAGAAAUUGCAUUUUAAAGGCAUGGACUUGUCUGGGAAUUGAACCAAGAAUCUCUUGCACCCAAAGCAGGAAUCAUACCCCUGCUCUUCUAACUGCAAUGGUCUAUAUUAUGUGGCCAGAAUGGCAUGACCAUUGGGCGCAGGGUCAGCGCAACCAUUAGUCGAACUAGGGCACAACGGCUCAGAGAGAACAUUGCACAGAUCUCCCCUCCUGACAGUCACUGCAUGUAGCGGUAGAGGAUUUUCUGUAUCCCAGUGAACAUUUCUUGUCAGACUGAGUAGAGGAUACAGAACAUCCUCCUCCGUGAUCUACUUAGCAAUGAUAAAAGAAGAUUGUAGCUAUGGGCAUUCCAAUGCUUGCUCGGAUGAUCCAUUCACUAUCAGGAAAAAAAAACUCAAUUCCUUAUGGGAAGAACCAUCAGUACAUCCUAUCUGUUGACAGAGCAAAUUUAAACAAGGAGCUACUAAACGCUGCAGAAAAGUUUCCAAAUGUCAAACUGCACUUUGAGCACAAGUUAAACAACUGCAACAUUGAUUCUGGAUCAAUGACAUUUAUUCGGAAAACUGGAGAUGUGAUACAAGCAAAUUCUGAUGUAAUAGUUGGCUGUGAUGGAGCUUUUUCUGUUGUAAGAAAGCAAUUAAUGAGACGGCCACGCUUCAAUUACAGUCAUGUUUAUAUUCCUCACGGUUACAAGGAAUUGACAAUUCCACCGAAGAAUGGGGAGUUCGCCAUGGAACCAAACUAUCUUCAUAUCUGGCCACGAAACACAUUUAUGAUGAUUGCCCUUCCUAAUCUGGAUAAAUCUUUUACAUGCACUUUGUUCAUGCCGUUUGAGGACUUUGAAAAGUUAAGCACAGGGGAAGAUGUAAUGGAUUUCUUCAAAACAUUUUUUCCAGACUCAAUUGGUUUAAUUGGAGAGAAUAAACUAAAAGAAGAUUUCUUCUUUCUCCCACCACAAGCCUUGAUUUCGGUAAAGUGCUCAUCUUUUUCUAUAGACAACAAGUGCGUUCUAAUGGGAGAUGCAGCUCACGCGGUUGUGCCCUUCUAUGGACAAGGAAUGAAUGCUGGUUUUGAAGACUGUCUUCUGUUUUCUGAAUUAAUGGAGCAAUACAACGACAACUUCAAGAUUUGUCUUCCAGAAUUUUCUAGACUAAGAGUGCCAGAUGCUCAUGCCAUUUCAGAUUUGGCUAUGUACAAUUACAAAGAGAUGCGAGCUCAUGUUAAUUCAAAGUGGUUUAUAUUCCGAAAACGUGUGGAUAAUAUUCUUAAUGCAAUAAUGCCCUCAACAUUUAUUCCACUGUAUUCAAUGGUAACAUUCAGCAGAAUAAGAUAUCAUGAGGUUAUACAGCGCUGGAAGUGGCAAAAUAAGGUCAUAAAUGUGGGACUUGCCAUUAUUGGUACAACGGUAUCUGUCAGCUCUACAUUCUUUCUAAUAAAGUGCCUGUAUGUCAGAAUAAACCAAGAAAACCUAAAUCAGCUGGCAAGUCACUUCAGUGGACUUAGAUUGUCAUUGGAAAAACUGAAAUUUUAGGCCAUUAGGCCACCAGCAUGGCAAGGGCACCCAGAGCUGUGAAAAUAGCCCAUUUAAUAUCAGUGGUAUCAUUCUACACAGUGGAAAUAAAUAACAUUUUAGUGUUAGCCAAUAUAGUAUUUACUACAUAACAACAAUCCUACAAGCAUUUGUUACAUAUGUAAG